AUGAGCAUUCACGAUGGUAAUAUGAUUUGGACAACAAAAGAAGAAGAAGGAGUUUCAGGAUCCUCUCCGAAAGGUUCAUCAUCUUCAUCUUCUUUCUCUAGGUAUUCAACAGAGGAUGCUUCUUCGCCUUCUUCUUCAUCUUCAAAUGGGGCUUUCGACGAUCUUUCAGACCUCAUCUCUCAGCUCCCUAUCAUACACGUCGAGAAAGGGCUUUCAAAGUAUUACAAAGGCAAAUCUCAGUCAUUCAAAUCUCUAGCAAAUGUCACAUGCCUAAAGGAUCUCGUAAAGAGAGGAGGAUCAAGAACGAAGUCAAGGAGCUCUCUAGGGCUGUUGAAUCAGAGCUGUAGAAGGGUAUAUCGCGCCAAUACCACAAUCUCCAUGAAAACCACAAGAGCAUCCACAAGCCAUUCCAAUUCAAGAUCAAUCUUAAAACCCUUUAAUGAUUCACCAAAAUCAGUUCAAUGA